GCAAUAAUUUUUGUAACUCCAUAUAUAGUCUGCGGUGGCCACGCAAACGAGGAUACCAGAUAUGGAAAUAACUGAACUACCCCUGCAUCAUCAACAUGGCGUUAUGUUAUUUCGUCAACAGCCGGUGUCCUCUUUCGUCCACCUCAAAAGCCAGUAGCCUCUUCUCUGCUCUCCUUUUCCUAUCUCGAUAAAGAAAAUCUUUCCUAGGGAGAGAGACAGCGAGCUACCGACAGAGAUAGACAUGCAGCCCUAUAGAAGCGGCGGAAACGACAGCAGCGGAGAGGCCGCGCGAUGGCUCGCCGCAGCUGAGAAGGUUCUUGCUUCCGGCGAUCUACAUAGCGCUAAGUCCUUUGCGAUCCGGGCCCGCGAAUUCGAUCCCAGACUCGAACUCUGCGACCGGAUCAUUGCCGUCGCCGACACAAUCCUCUGCGCUACUACUCGAAUCAGCGCUGGUCGCUACCCUGACUGGUACGCUAUUCUUCAACUCGACUCACUGACUCAGAAUAUGGAGCUCAUCGCGAAUCAGUACCGGAAACUCGCCCUCCUUCUUGACCCUCAGAGGUCUCGCCUUCCUCUCGUUGAUCAGGCUUUCAGGCUCGUCUCAGAUGCGUGGUCGGUGCUAUCCAACCCUAAUGGGAAGUCACUCUAUGAUACGGAGUUACAAUUGGGUGAGUUAGGUCAAAAUCUGCAGAAGCAAACGCCACCGAAACCAGUACGAACAAGCCCGAGAAAUAAGGACGGUAGGGUUGUUACAGAACCGGAACCGGAACCGGUACCGGUACCAGAACCAGAACCAGAACCAGAACCGAGUUUAACCAUGGCUACGCCCGCUACCACCCCGGCGACGACCAGCAUUGAGACUGCAUCGACUCGUCCUAGUCAAUCAACUCGGCGGACGACUCAGCCGGAUGAAUACGUGGGAGAUAGGUUCUGGACAGCUUGCCCAUACUGUUAUAUAUUCUACGAGUACCCAAAAAUAUAUGAGGAGUGUACACUUAGGUGUCAAAAUUGCCGCAGAGCGUUCCACGCGGUGACGGUACCUUCACCGCCGGUGACAGAGAACCAAACGCAUUUCUGUUGUUGGGCGUUUUUCCCCUUAGGUUUCUCGGGGAAUGCUAAAGACGCCAAUGGGUUCGCUAAUUGGUCGCCCUUUUCGCCAAUGUCUGCUUUUCCAGCACCGAAGGGAUACCGAAAGGCUGGAAAGGCGAAGAAAACCGCUCCUAGGUUCACCUAUGACGAUCAGGAUGUGUAUGUAGAGCUUUCGGAGGUUAGUGAAGAUGAAGAGUAUGACGAUGACGAUGACUGGGAGGAUGAGAGACGGAAAAAGAAAUCCAAAAAAGCGACUGGCAAAAGUCCUGCCAGUAAUAGAACCUCAAAGAGAGUACAGAAUCAGAGGGCAAAGAGAGGAAUCGUAGAUGAGGCGUCAAAGGGAGAGUCGAGUCGCAAGAAGCAGCCUGCCAAGGGGGCAAAGGAGCUGGGGAAGUUGGAUUUAAAUGUGGAGUUCAGUAAUGAGGUGGAGGAGCCUGCGCCUGUGGUGAGGGAAGGAAAUGUGGCAGGUAAUGUCGAAGAGGAUAAUAUUGGUAGUGGGUUUUUUGAGGGUCUUGACGAGUUCCUGAGUAGUUUGCCUAUACUCAAUGUUGUGGCCGAUGACAAGGUUAGAGCUGUUUAGUGAAGUAAGACUGCUUCAUCGUCUUCUUGUUGUAUUUUGAAUUUGCUGUAGUUCAUUGUAUGCUUCCCGUGUUGACCAUGUAGAGCUUCUGUAUGUGCAAAGCUGCCUUCAUCUGCCAUGAAAUCUUGUGUAUGGCUCCAAUGACUUCUUUCUUAGAUGGUUUUUAGUAGCCGUUAAGUUCUCCAUCUAGAUUAUCUCAGUUCGAAUAACCACAAAAUUUCCUUUUAAUUUCUGUUGAACUCUUUUGGCUUGGACGAGAGUGAAAUGGUCAUGGUUGUAGUUUGUGCCAAUUGCCAAAAGAUCGAAUGUGCUUGUGCCCUUAACGCAUACAUUUGAGGAUGAAGUUAUGGUUUUUAGAACUCAUUCUCUCAGAAUUCUUGUUAUUGGUUCUGAUUCUGUCAUGAGACAAACAGUAAAGGAAACUUUUUCAUCUUCAUAAUCUCACCAUUUCAAGAGCCUAACAGGGGCAUUUCUCAGAGAAGAAUUCCUUCCUAACACUCACUAGUUGAGAGAAUGUAAGUAAGGGAGGAAAGAAAAGCAGGUUAGAAUAUCAUAUAUUCUUCUUUCCUUAUUGUGGGACAUUUUUUUUUUCUAUGGUGCAGGGGAUUAUUGUUGCCUUGUUGCCUUGUUAAAUAAAAAAAUUCAUAAAGCUUUUGACGA